AUGACCAACGCUGCCCCCCUGCUGCCCCUGCUGCCCCUGCUGCCCCUGCUGCCCCUGCUGCCCCUGCUCCCCCUGCUCCCCCUGCCAACACCACCGACAAUACAACGGCUGGCCGAGCCCACCACCACCACCACCAUCACCACCGCCCCCGCCCCCGCCCCGACCCCGGCCCAUGCUGCUCAAAAGGCUGCUAAUGCAGCAAAGGGAGGCCUCCCUGGGGGGGUUUGGCCAACCCCCACCCCCCGCGACAAGAAAGUCAAGGGGAAAAAGCCCGCCGCGCCCAAACGGCCUAGAGAGACUGAAGUUGUCGAGAGUGCGGAGGUUCGUACUCCCGAGGAGAUGAAAGAGGCUCAAUUAAAAUUAAAAGAGAAGAUGACUGCUUCGCUGGCGAAGCAGGAUGGCUGGCAGAUCACUGUUGAGACUCUAGUAGAGCUCAUUGCUGCGGAGAAAGUAGAGUACGAAAAAAUGAGGGUUCAACGAGAAGCAAUUUUGAAUGCUUAUAGCCGUCGUGUUGCGGCUGAGGCCUCAAAUAAAAAAAAAAAAUUAUAA